AUGAACAUAGAUAUAAUUGAACCUGCCAAAAGGAUUCGAGUAGAGCCAUUACGAGCUAGCAAUAAUAACAAAAUAUCAAGUUUCUUUCAAUUUGAAGACGAACUAUACAUUGGAAGUAGUAAAGGAAAUUUAUUAAUAUACAAAAUAUCCUCACAACCAGCAUCUACAAAUGAAAUUGAAAUAGAUCGUCAUACCACCAAGACAUUCCCCGAAACUAUUCAAUCGCUGGCUUCCAAAUCCAUCAGGUCAUUUAAAUCUUUCCAUGAUCCAAGACAUUUAUUCAACGAGAAGCAUGAUUAUGAACUAACUCACUCAUUUGAUAACUUAUUUGGAGAUAGUUCUAGCAUUCAAAGUAUCAAGAUCUUGCCAUUCACUUCAUCACAAACAGUUCACAAAACCAUAGUAUUGAUUAUUAGUCCCACUUGUUUAAAAAUUUUUGAAAUUGUAGGAAGUCACAUAAAUUUAAUAUUCACCCUUGAAGAGUCAAAUUGUAGAGAUGUGUUAUAUAUCGAACAUAACAGGGAUCGACUAUUACUUGUUGGAGUCAAAAAGAGGUUAUUAAUCUUCAAAAUCACAAAUAAAUCCAGAAAUGUACUUCAAUUCAAUAAAUUUAAAGACUUAUCAUUGAAAGAUAGAGUACGAACAAUCAACAAAUUUAAUGACGAAAAUAUUAUAAUUGGUGUGGACAAUGAAUAUUGGCUUGUGAAUCUAGAUACUUUUACUCCAAUAGCCUUAUCAAGUAUCAAAGAUCUGGAAUUUUUCAAUUACGGGACAUCUUUUUCGUAUUUCGGGUUAUCAACGACGGGUCCACUGGUUUGGACUAUCCCAAUCAACGAAUACGAAAUGUUGUUAGUGAAAGAUACGACAGUUGUAUCUUUAACAAAAGAACCCAUUGAGGUCAAACCUUCAAAUUUAAAACUUACAACUGUUCCGCUAGCGAUCAAUUUCAUAUAUCCCAUAUACUUAGCAGUCACUUAUCCAAAGAAAAUUGAAAUUUUAGACAUUAAAGAAGGGUCGGUGAUUCAAAAAUUUCAGCAUAGCAUAAAUUCAAACCAGAUUUUUUCUGAAAGCAAUGGAUUCAUAGUAAGCUUAGCAUCUGGACUGAAUGUUUUUCAGUUUAAUAUAGUACCUUUCCAUAAUCAAGUCACUCAAUACUUAAAUGUUGGUAGCAAAGCCUCGAAUGGUAAUCUUAGAGAUCCAAAUAACGAUUUGAAAUUAAGUGGUAUGAAUAAAGCUAUAUAUCUUGUUUCAAAUUUAAAAGUUAGUGCGGAAAAUGAUAUAUUUGACGGAGAGAAAUCAAAAGAAUUAAAUUUGAGGGAUUUGUACAAGUUGAAAGCAACUCAUUUGUUCUUAACAUAUUCGAAGUAUCAUGAGGCAUUAGUAGAGAUAGGAUGCGAGUGGAUUCUUUCAUUUCGUGACGUGCUUGCUUUAUUUCCUGAUUUUUUAAAUGGUGAGUAUGUGGUGCAUAACGAAGAUAAAUCAAUCAACAAACCUCAAAACUAUACAUCGCUUAAUCCUGUGAAAAAAAUAUCGGAAGAAGAGUUAAAAUUAAGCACAUUGUCUGAGUCUGAAUAUGAAACGGAUUUAACGACUCGUAAAUCUCGAACUUCGUCAACAAACAAAAAGAUCCCAAUAAACGUUAGAAGAUUCAUAAAAGCUGUAAAUAACUUGAUCAUUUAUUUAACUGAGCAAAGAAGGAUAUUGUUACAAUUUUUCAAUAAACCUAGGAUACUAUGGAAAGAUGUUGAGAUAGAACCAGGUGAUAUAUACCCACCUUUUGAAGAUCAACUUGAGGAGGUUGCAACAAUCAUUGAUACUACCUUAUUCUUGUGCUAUUUUUACUGUAAACCAAUGUUACUAGGGCCGUUGUUGAGAAUACCGAAUAAUCAUUGUGAUUCAAAAACUGUGAAUCGAUGUUUAAUGAGCAACAUCCAUAACCAUGUUCAGCAGAGAAAUUUAAGACAACCAAAUUUUAUAAGAGAGUUGUUAGAUUUUUAUUAUGGAAGAGGUUUGCAUAAAGAAGCAUUGGAAAUGCUAUAUAAGUUAGCACACGAUAAGUCGUCGAUUGAGCAUUCAAAUGAAGAAGAUAAUUUUGAAGAUGAUUUUGUUAGAAGUCCAUCAUUAACAAUACGAUACCUUCAAAAAUUAACUAACGAGAAUCUUUCGUUGAUUUUGCAAUAUACGGACUGGGUACUAGAUGAUAACGAAAAAUAUUGUUCACAGAUAUUAAUGAAUGACUCAUUCGAAUGUGAAAAUUACGAUCAUGGUAAGGUGUUGCACUUUUUAAUUCUGCGAAAAAGCUUUGGUCUUGCAAUUAAUUAUUUGAACUGGUUGUUAUACAAAAGUGAUGUCAAAGAUAAACUUAAAAGAGGUAGUCAAUUUGGAAAAUUUGAAACUAAAUUAUGUUUACUAUAUAUUCAGCAAAUCAUAAAUAAAGUGAAUGAAGAUCAGUACUACAAAGAUUUAUAUCACCUACUACUGACAAGUGAAUCAUUCGAUCCAUGGCCGGUGUUGAAGGAAAUGCCUACAAAUGAUGACAAGUUUUUGAGAUUGACUGUAUUUACAUACAAAAAAUUAAGAGAACAUGAAAAAUCGAUUGAUGUUCUAUAUAAUCAAUUGAACGAUCUAGAUGCUGCAAUGGAUUAUUGUGACCAGAUGUUUAAGCAACCAAACGGUAAAACCAUUGGUAUUAAUUUAUUUCAUAAGUUGAUGGAGGAUUUGUUGGUUAAUAGUGAAAAUAACGUCGACGAUAUAUCAAAACUUUUGACUCAACAUGGAACUAAAAUGUCAACUCAGAGAGUCUUCAAUACGUUACCCACAAACUUUCCAUUAUAUAAAUUAAAACCAUUUUUGAAUUUAUUACUAAAUAAUCUUAACCAAAAAUUGAAUGAUUCCAAAAUUAAUUCUCAAUUAUACAAGAUUGGUUCCAAAAAUUUAGAGUCAAAAGUUUUGAAUUUACAAAAUGAAGGUUACAAACUUAGCUCAAGUAAACAGCUUUGCGCUGUAUGUGAAGAAAGAUUGGGUUAUAGUUAUUUGAGUGUCACCAAAGACGGUGAAAUUAUUCAUUAUGGUUGUGCCCAAAGAUCGAAAAAUAAUUAUAAUGGUCAUACGAAUACAUUAGUAUCGGGAAAAGAGAAUGGAAAUAUCAUUUAA